AUGAGCGAGGGCGGGAGGUUUCAAUCAGCAACUGUGGAUGAUGAAGAUGACAUCUACGAGAAUGAGGUGCAUUUGGAGGAUUCAGAUGUAGCUGGUCCCUCAAAUGCAGACCAUUCUCGCAUGAUAGAGAGUUCUUCAUCACCCAUUAUUGAGGAUAAGACAACCCGGCUCCGAACCUACACGGAUGGUAUAACUUUUUCUGGUCCUUGGGUGGUCUUCAUCCGGCCCAAAAAAGAUGGCAAACGGCUCAAUGUGGUACAGAUCACCAAAGAUCUGGCGAGGUGGUCCUCCGUGACCAGCAUUACUAAGGUGCGACCAGACAAGUUGCGCGUAGUAGUGGCUGACCGAAAGGCUGCCAAUGAAAUUGUUGCCAGCAAUUUCAUUAAUCUAGAAUACCAAGUUUUUAUUCCGUCUCGAAACGUGGAGAUUGAGGGCGUGAUUACGGAAAUGAGUCUUGAGGCAGACUACGUUAAAUCCAACGGCGUUGAGUUAGCAGCUAUUCAUUGUGCUUUGGGCAGUAUAGCUUCAAGGCCAGUUGGGCACUACUUUAUUGUAACGGAUAGUCUGAGUUCUGUUCAAGCAAUCCACUCAAUAAAACCGGGAAAGCACUCGCCAUACUUCUUCGAGAAGAUACGGGAUAGUUUGAGUGCUUUAUCAAAACGUCGCUUUAUCAUCACCUUUGUUUGGGUUCCCUCUCAUUGCUCGAUAGAGGGUAAUGAGAAGGCAGACUCUCUGGCAAAGGUGGGGGCGAUGGAAGGCGACACGUACCAGCGUGAAAUUGCCUUCAACGAAUUUUACUUUUUAGUUCGAAGAAACUCUCUUGUCAACUGGCAGCGCAAAUGGGACGAGGAUGAGUUGGGUCGGUGGCUGCACUCGAUUAUCCCAAGGGUAAGCCUUAAACCAUGGUUUAAUAGAUUGGACCUGAGUCGAGAUUUUAUUCGUAUAUUUUCCCGUCUCAUGUCCAAUCAUUAUUCCUUAGACGCGGUACUCUAUCGUUUGAAUAUUGCUAGCAGCAAUUUGUGUAGUUGCGGCCAAGGUUACCAUGACAUCGAGCAUAUUGUUUGGUCGUGCGAGGUCCAUCUUGUCGCCAGAACGAAUUUCAUAGACUCCCUUCGGGCCCGAGGAAAACCACCCUAUGUUCCAGUGAGAGAUGUGCUGGGGUGAACUAGAUAUAAGCACACAAUUGUUAUCAAACAAAACG